AUGGACUUUCCUCGCGACUAUCCAGAGUUUGCGCGUUUGGUUCGCUUCAUCGUCACUGGAUGCUCGGCUCUGGAGGUUGGCAAGGCGUGAUUUACUUCUGACGGUUUUCUUGAAGAUUUUGCUCAGUUUCUCGGGCCUCAACGAAGUCAGCUCACUCCGAAGCAUACUCUACAUCGUCUUGGCCGCGGCCAGUCUUGCAGUCACCAUUCAUAAUUUGUGAGAACCUGCCGAUAACUUUGACUGGAGCUGAAAAGGCCAAACUUACAAUUUUUCGAAAAAUAAAGCAUAGGCAAAGUCGGAAGGACCCUCCGAGGGUCCAUAAAGGACCAUAGAAAUGUUCCUUUUAGGGUGAAGAAGGCUCUCUUUUUGCUGCCUUUUUGCACCAUUUUCUCAGCCCUUAUGCACCAUUUUUGCUGCCUCUCCGUUUCUCCACCAUUUCUCGAGCCUUUAAAAUCCCAGAAAAAUGGAAGGCUCGAUAAAGGGAGUCUCUUUGCUGCCUUUCGCUGCCUUUUUGCUGCCUGUCUGCGGCCUUUUUUGAGCCUCUCCCUUUUAGCAGCCAUUAUACACCAUUCCGACUUUGCCCGAGAGUUUUAGGGCUCACAACAUCGACGGCAUUCACGAAUUGAACUCGGUGGUGUCGGACCCGAACAAGGAUUUCCGCAAAAGAGCCGCCGCUUGUGAGUUUUUCAUUGAUAUAGCCAGUUUCACUGAGUAAUUUCUAAAAUAAAAGUUCGCUGAAAAAAAUAAAUUAGAUAAUGGAGCAGAAAGCGAUAAACUCAAGAAUGAAACUGGAAAUAUUGGUUUGACAGUGGUGUUGGUGCCGCCGUCGACGGCCCUUCUUCUGUUUUUGUUCGUUUCGAACAACGGCUUGUUUUCUUUGACCGCCUUCGUCCAUAUGGUCGCCGCAGUCGCGCAACUCGGCUACGAGGUCUACUUGGUGAGAUUUCCGUGUUCUUCGCUCACUAAUUCUUUUUUUGCAGUUCAAAAACAACAACGGCAAGAACAACUUCACGGUUGUAAUAUUUUUUUUUAUUUUGAAUUGAUUUUAAAGUUUUGCUUUUCUGAGACUUUUCAUCUUAUAUCAGAUUCUUCUUUUAUACUGGAUUAUUCAACAAAAAAACUACUGUACCGUAAGAAUGGGAAACACCAAAGAUGUUAACGACUAUGUAGUCUGUUCAGAUUCUAAAUAUCAAAUCAGCCUCAAGCUCCGCCCCUGAUUCCGGGGUAAACCUAUCAGAGAUUGGAAUGACGUCAUUUAUGCCGUGUUCAAAGUAAUUUCCGCGAAAUGCAAAAUACCCGUUAGAGAAAGGAAAAAAUCACUAAAUAUUGGAGAGUCAGAGAUCAUUUUGCAUUUCGCGGAAAUUACUUUGAACACGGCAUUAGCUUGGCAUUCAAAAAAUCUGAACAGACUGUAUCACCUCAUAUUUUUAAUUUCAUAAUUUUUAACUUGAUUCGAUCUGAUUUUAAAUUCAGCCGAAGCAAACGGGACCGGUCUCUAGUCGCGAUCCCAACUAUGAGGUAACUUCCAUUCGAUAACAAAUACCCAAUCCAAAAAACACUUUACAGACACUCGCCCGAGUCAACGACCAAAUUUUCCUCAAUAAAUAA